GAAUCUAUGGCAACGUUAGGUUUGUUAUUCAUGUGUGCCGUGGUACACCUUGCAAAGGUGUGGCUUAUGCACUUAUGAAGAAAGUAAAAGUUGGUAUUGCCAGUGAGAUCUAAGCAUUCAUAAUUUGUCGCGCAGUGUAUUGAGAUACAUACAUAUACUAGAUGACACAGACGAUUUCUGAGUAUUAAAAAAACAAAACAGUGCCAAUUAAAAAAAUCUACAUUUCCGAUAACAACAAUAAUCAUAGACGGUCAUGAGAAAGCUUCUACAAAUUGUUUCACUCAUUUUAUUUGAAUAUUUGAAAAACUCACUAAAUUUACCUGUUUAUGCCUAUUCGCUUAUUUACUAUUACUGGCAAUAAUAUUUAUUACAACAGCAGUUGUAAACAAAAACAUUGGAGUAACAAUUGGCAAAAAAAAAAAAAAAAAUAGACUAACUAAUGCUUCAGAGACGUAAAAAACCUCAACGAACUAAACUUUACGGCCGUCGCAAAAUCACAAGAAAUAAGCGAAGUCGAGAGCGGCGUAGAAUCGAACGGCAGCAAGACAAAUUACGCGAAAUGUCACUGCAAUUUGGCAAAACAAUCGCACCUAAUUUCGGACGUGCUUUUCUAAAUAGCGAACGCCAACUCACACGACAUCCGUAUCUAAAUUUUUUGCGAUACUUCAAAAGCAUACAUCCCACUUUCGGAUUUACUCGUAUUCUGCGUGAAGGUGCCAAAUCAUGGAAGCGCAUGAAAUCUAAAGAGAGGAAAAGUUUCACGCAGAAGGAGAUACUGAAAACUCUACGUAGCAAUUCGAAGGAUCUCAGCAAUUUCAAUUUGUUUCCCGUCAAUCCCAUACCAUUUGAUUAUCAUCCACAUUCGCUAAGUCUCAAACGCAACGUUGAGCGUAAGUUGCGCAAUCGACAGUUGAUACCCCGGGGCAAAGCACCUGCCAAUCCAGUAACCUGGCAGAAUUAUUUUUGAAAUGAAAAAGACUUGAAUGUUGUAAUGAAUCUUAUUUUGUAGACGUCCAAAUCAAGUUUUUGUGGAAUUCAGAUUUUGACUAAGUUUUAUAUAAGUAAUAUUGAAAUUAUUGAAAAAAUUGGCUAAUUUUUAUAAAAGUAAUAUAGAA